AUGUUUCAAUUGGAAAGAUUCAACGCGUGGGCACAAGAUUUGAUAAAAGAAGACAAUCCUACACAAGAUAUCGUCUCAAUGGCUAUAUCGGAAAUGAUUGGUAGUGCCAUAUUGGUUUUGGUUGGAUGCAGUUCAUACAUCGGUACUUUUGACUUUGAACCAUCAUCUUUAACCGUAUCCGUUGUAUUUGGUUUCGCUCAUAUGCUUUGCAUGCAGUGUUUCAGUUAUACAAGAGAGUUGCAUAUUAAUCCGGCAAUUACUGUGGGUGCCUUAAUCUUUGGAAAAAUGUCAUUAAUACUCGCAGGGAUUUUCGUAAUCGCUCAGUGCAUCGGAUCUAUCAUUGGUUACGGACUAUUAAAGGUCAUAGUUCAGACACGCUAUAUGCGCCCCAAGCCAAGUUACACCAUGCCCGUCGACCUGAUAUGCGUUACUCAACUGAACGACAACAUUUCGGUAGGUGAAGGUUUUUUGGUGGAAAUCCUGGCCACCUUCCUUCUGACGAGCGUCGCCUGCGGCAUCUGGGAUAAGAAAAAUUCUGAAAAUACGGACUCCGUACCUAUCAGAUUUGGCUUCUCGGUGAUUGCGCUUUGCUUAGCCUUUGAGCCUUACACGGGAUGUGGAAUAAACCCCGCAAGGUCUUUAGCACCGGCGAUAUGGAACAAUAAGUGGAGCUAUCACUGGAUCUACUGGCUCGGACCACUCGUUGGGGCUUCCUGUGCAGCCACUCUGUAUCGCUAUUGUCUUGCACAAGAAGAAAUGCCCAUGGAGAGCAUUGCCGAGGAAACGACUCCAGAAACCAAUCAAGACUUAUACACGGAAAAUGUGGAAAACGCGUGAAAAGAUGAGUAUGUCACAUCUGAUGAUUCUGAUGGUUGCUCCCAAUUGGAUCGACAA